UUUAUGUUCGACAGCCCUCGAGUGCGGUUCAGCCAAUCCAGCGUAUAAAUCUACCUAUCAAUCUAACUAUAAACAUCAAGCGAAUUUGUAAUUAUAAUAUACCGUAUUUCGACCGUCACUCUCGUCAGCCUGUCACUGGAACUCAAUCAACGAACCAAACGAAUCAACGAAAUAAUAAAUCAAAAAUAACCAAUCACUAUCCAUCUCUUCGAGUGUCUCUUCUUGUGUGUGUGUGCUGUGUGCUGUGUGCUGUGUUAUUGUCUUCCGCAACGAACAGAUGGUUGGAAAAUCCUAACAAAUCAACGAAUUAUCCUCGCAAGGACUGUCUGGCAUAAGAGCUGCUAGCCGCAGGCUAACGUGAAGUUUUUUAUUGUGCAAAAGAAAGUUGGAAAAGGGCUACCCAGACAGACUACUCUUCUAUUUUGUGAAGGCUUACUUCCGCCAGAAGAAGAAGGUCGAUCCGGGACCCUGUGCCCCGCUGCGUAACAUACGAACAUUGAACAUGGGCGGCAACAUUGAGCAACGUCCCUGGACGCCAACGGUGCGUACGGGCAGAAUUGCCGCAGAGACAGCCACACCAGGGCCAGCCAUUGUGCAGCUACCCACAUUGAUUGGCAGCAAAGUGCCGGACUCCAAAAAGAAGGGCGCUCCCUCGUACUCCUUUGGACAUAAGUUGGGCAGCAAGUACGAGACCUUUGGCCCCGGACCCGCUCAGUACAAUGUGACGGGCUUGCGGUCCAAGGGCAAGGAUUAUCCACGGGCAGCCACACUACAGAGUCGUCCCAAGGAGCUGUCGCGCUUCUCGAACCCCGGACCCGGUGAAUACAAUGUGCAGCCAGCGGCCAAGGCAGUGAUCGAUGCCACGCCCAUGUACACCUUCGGCCAGAAGCCGCCCGAUGCCAAAUUUAGCCUGAUUCCAGGUCCGAACCAUUAUCAAGUGGUGCCGCUUGAUGUGACCAAGCGGCGUGCACCGCGCUAUUCCUUUCGCAUUAAGGUUAACGUUUACAUUGUUAACAAUCCAGCUCCGAAUAGUUAUUGCCCUGAAAGGGGGGUCACGCAAUCAAAAAAGAAUGCGCCACGCUACACAUUCGGUAGACGAACUAAAAUCCAACACGAUCAAUUUACACCAGCUCCUGGCGCCUAUUGCCCCGAAAAAGUGAAUCCCCACAAGACGCCAGAGUUUAGUUUCGGCAUCAAGCACCACGAACAGAAGCCCGACUAUACGCCAGCGCCUGGCUGCUAUAAGCCUGAACAUUUUGGCCAAGAACACAUGCCCUCGUACAGCUUUGGCCUGAAGACAAAGCACACUCAGAUCAGUGAAACGCCAGCACCCGGUGCCUACAGUCCCGAAAAGUCAAAGCUGCACAGCACACCCGCUUACACGAUCACUGGCAAAGGCAAUCACGAUGUAGUCGAUGCCACACCCGCGCCCGGCGCAUACGAACCCGAGAAGUGCGUGCUGAACAAGACGCCAGCCUUCACGUUUGGUCAUCGCGUGAAUCUGGUGAGGGCCAGCGAUACACCAGCACCGGGCACCUAUCAGCCGGAGAAGGUGCGUCUGGAUCACACGCCCUCGUACACACUGUCGGGGCGGCAUGAGCUCAAGUGUGUGAGCGAGACGCCAGCGCCCGGUUCGUAUGCACCGGAGAAAUAUCGCGGCGAUCGCACCCCGGCCUUCACCUUCGGGGGUAAGCACGAGCAGAAGCUCGACAGCUCCACACCGGCACCAGGCGACUAUUGUCCCGAAAAAUUACGGCACGAUCAUAAUCCAGCUUACUCAUUCGCCGGUCGCCACGACCCACACAAGACGAGCGACACACCAGCCCCAGGGGCCUACGAAACGGAAAAGGUUAGGCAGGAUCACAAUCCUUCGUUCUCAUUUGCCGGUCGUCACGAUCUCCAUAAACCAAGUGACACACCUGCUCCAGGUGCUUAUGCUCCCGAGAAAGUCCGACAAGAUCACAAUCCCUCAUUUACGAUGGCAGGAAAGCACAUCCAAAAGAUUGCCAAUGGUACACCCGCUCCUGGUGACUAUUGUCCGGAGAAAACCCGUCUAGACAGCACUCCCUCAUACAGUUUUGGUGGCAGGAAUGAUCCUAAGGUAGAGAAUAAUACUCCAGCCCCUGGAGAUUAUCAUCCAGAAAAGACAAGACAAGAUCACAAUCCUUCCUACUCCUUCGCUGGUCGUCACGAUCUUUCAAAGCCCAGUGAUACCCCAGCCCCUGGAGCUUACGCUCCUGAAAAAGUAAGACAGGAUCAUAAUCCCUCCUUCUCAAUGGCAGGAAAACACAUCCAGAAGAUUGCCAAUGGCACUCCUGCUCCUGGUGAUUACUGUCCUGAGAAGUCUCUUACGGACAGCGCUCCUUCGUAUAGUUUUGGGGGAAGAAAUGAUCCUAAGGUAGAGAAUAAUACUCCAGCACCUGGAGACUACCAUCCCGAAAAGACCAGACAAGAUCACAAUCCCGCAUUUUCUUUCGCCGGUCGCCAUAAUCUUCACAAACCAAGUGAUACACCCGCCCCUGGAGCUUACGCUCCCGAGAAAGUCCGACAAGAUCACAAUCCCUCCUUUUCGAUGGCCGGAAAACAUACACAAAAGAUCUCAAGCGAUACCCCAGCUCCUGGUGACUAUUGUCCAGAGAAAACCCGACUGGACAACACUCCUUCGUACAGUUUUGGUGGAAGAAAUGAUCCGAAGAUUUCCAAUGACACACCUGCUCCGGGAGACUACCAUCCUGAGAAUGUUAGACAAGAUCACAAUCCCGCUUACUCCUUCGCUGGUCGUCACGAUCUGUCCAAACCAAAUGAGACACCAGCCCCUGGAGCUUACUGUCCUGAGAAAGUGCGACAAGAUCACAACCCAUCCUUUACGAUGGCUGGAAAACACAUUCAAAAACUGUCCAAUGGCACUCCUGCCCCAGGUGAUUACUGUCCGGAGAAGUGUCUUACGGACAACGCACCUUCGUACAGUUUCGGUGGAAGGAAUGAUCCUAAGGUAGAGAAUAAUACUCCAGCUCCCGGAGAUUAUCAUCCCGAGAAUGUUAGACAAGAUCAUAAUCCUGCUUUCUCCUUCGCGGGUCGUCACGAUCUUCAUAAACAAAGUGAAACACCUGCUCCUGGGGCUUACUCUCCCGAGAAAGUUCGACAAGAUCACAACCCCUCUUUCUCAAUGGCAGGAAAACACAUCCAAAAGAUUGUCAAUGGUACUCCAGCUCCUGGAGACUAUCAUCCCGAGAAUGUUAGACAAGAUCACAAUCCUGCCUUCUCCUUUGCGGGUCGGCACGAUCUUUCCAAGCCAAGUGACACACCAGCCCCUGGAGCUUAUUGUCCCGAGAAAGUGCGACAAGAUCACAAUCCUUCCUUUUCAAUGGCAGGGAAACACACGGAAAAGAUCUCUAGCGACACACCAGCUCCUGGUGAUUACUGUCCUGAGAAGUGUCUUACGGACAGUGCACCUUCUUAUAGUUUUGGUGGCAGGAAUGAUCCUAAGGUGGAGAAUAAUACUCCAGCCCCUGGAGAUUAUCAUCCCGAGAAUGUCAGACAAGAUCACAAUCCCUCUUACACCUUUGCGGGUCGUCACGAUCUUUCCAAGCCAAGUGAGACCCCUGCCCCUGGAGCUUACUGCCCCGAGAAAGUUCGUCAAGAUCACAAUCCCUCCUUUACGAUGGCAGGAAAGCACAUCCAAAAGAUUGCCAAUGGCACACCCGCUCCUGGUGAUUAUUGUCCAGAGAAAAGUCGUCUAGACAAUCCUCCUUCGUAUAGUUUUGGGGGAAGGAAUGAUCCGAAGAUUUCCAAUGACACGCCUGCUCCUGGAGACUACCAUCCUGAGAAUGUUAGACAAGAUCACAAUCCUGCCUUCUCCUUUGCGGGUCGUCACGAUCUGUCCAAGCCCAGCGGGACGCCCGCUCCUGGGGCAUACUUCCCGGAGAAGUUGCGGCAAGAUUACAAUCCAUCGUACACAUUUGCUGGCAAGCACGAGCCGCAGGCCACGUCCGAGACACCGGCGCCUGGAGACUACAGCCCUGAAAAGGUGCGACUUGACCACACACCCGCUUACAGCUUUGGCGGCAAAUACGACCCCAAGGCGGUGAAUCAUCAUCCUGCGCCAUGCGACUAUGCGCCCGAGAGAGUACGCCUCGACCAUACACCCGCCUACACAAUUGCAGGUCGUCCGACCCACGAGCAUGUGACACACACACCGGCGCCGUGCGACUACUUCCCGGAGCACUGUCAGCCGGACAGCACGCCGGCCUUUACCUUUGGCAUGAAGCUGACACGGGAACGCAUCAGCGAUACACCAGCACCCUCUGCCUAUGAGCCGGAGAAGCAUAGCACACAGCAUGCACCAGCGUACACCUUUGGCUCGAGAUCCGAGAUCAAAGUAACCACCGAUGCACCAGCCCCGGGCUCCUAUCACCCAGAGCAUUCCCGCUUCGACAGUUCGCCUUCGUAUAGCUUUGGCCUGAAGACGCUGCCCAUGCCAUCGCUGCCAGAACAUAGAGGCCCCUACAUUGAAGAUCGCAUUCUGCAAAGACGCGAACGCCGCUUGGCCAGUCCCGUGCGCAACAAUGUUGACAGCACCACGACAAUCAGCACCACCACUACCACAAAGACCAUAGUCAAUGGUGUGGAACAGCCAGCGGUGACAAAGGUGAAUGGACACUCCGAGCCACUAGCACCACUUGCACCCAACACACUCAGCAAUGGCAAUCAGCACCACAGCAGCACAAAGGUAGUGACGACCAGCGAGAAACAAUUGGUCCAUGGCCAGGCGGAGCUUGGCAACGUGAAGGUUGUGGCCAGCGGUAGGUCAGAUGCCAGCGCCAUGAAAGCGGCCAGUGCCAGCACCAACACGGUGGUGCAGUCGGAUGGGGCAAUUGUGACCAGCGGCAGAUCCUCACGGAUCAGCACUGUGAAGUACGCUGUGGAGGCGAGCAGCGUGCAGGAGAAGAUCAUCAGCUCCUAAUGUCUACAAAAUACCCACCGUCUUGGGCAGCAGCAAGGAGGGCAAAAUACGCUCGGCACCGGCCUACACCAUGGCCGGGCGCGAGAAGCCGCCACUAAUACCGGCCCUGGUCAUGCCCGGACCCGGCUACU